AUCAAGUACCUUCUCGUAGUUCUAUAGAUAGUACGUUUUGACCAGUGACCCACUUUUCAGGGGACGGACAAAUGGCAGUUGAAUUGACAUUUUCCAAGGAAGACGUUUCAACCAACUGGGGGUUUCGUUUAGUGGGUGGAUCGGAUUUUGAUCAGCCAUUAAUUGUGGUCAAGGUGAACGGAAACAGCUUGGCAGAAGACUCGGGCCUUCAAGUAGGAGAUGUUAUAGUAAGAGUAAACAAUACUCCCACAGCAGGAUUGACCCACACAGAAGUCCAUGAACUAAUCACAUCUUCAGGACUACAGUUCACACUGGGUGUUCUCAGGGGAGAUUCUCCAAUCAAUAUCAUACAUGACGAAGACUAUAAUUUUGGGUUCAAAGAAAUAUUGAAGGGGGUUCAAAUAUCAGUGGAUGAAGACAUAAUUGAUCAAGCAUCUGAUAUAGUGGAGAGACUCAAUAGAGAAAAUUCAAGAAGAAAUCAACAAACAAUUACAACCAGUAAAAACAAAAACAGGAAAGAAAAAAUGGUAUUUUCAAACACAGCCCAAACCGACUUCAUGGUAGAAGAAACAUCUGAAGAUAAGAAAUGGUCUACCUUCCUGAUGAAGCCCAACAAACCAAUUCCGCAACCCAAAAAAACACUCGAAAAUAUUCCAGUGAAGAGCGACCCGUAUAAAGUGGUUAUCAAGAAGCAAGGCUCCAGAAGAAAACUUUUCUCCAAGGAGAAGAGAGUCCAAUUUGACGAGACAAUUGCAGGCCUAGAACCAAUUUCACAACCUGUGGAAGUGGAAAAGUCCAAUUAUAUUUCUGAUGAUCACGAAGAAUUCCCUGAAAACGGCAAUACUGAUGCAAAUUUUACAGAGGAUGGAGAAGACGACAAUGAAGAGUUAAUUGGCCGGGACGAAAAUCAAAAUGUAGCUGAAAACGAAGAUUACACCAAUUAUGAAUACCAACAAGAGGAUCCUGUAGAAAUCGCCUACAAACCUUUAUCCGAAAUCAAAGUGGAUGACUCAGAAUCGUCUAUGACUCUGGAAGAGCAGUUAUUGGCUGUCCAGAAACAACUGCAGGCCCUUUCACAACUACCUUCGGCCAUUCAGUUGACUCUGGAUGCCGUAUCCAGACAGCUUGCGAGCAUUGUGAGUGCCAAAGAGAGCUCUCAAGAAAAAGAAGCCAAGGAAAAAUCAGAAUGUGAGGAGGGAAACGAUGAAUCAAUUUCAAUGGAUGACGAGGCAGAAGCUGAAGUGACUCGACCUGAAGAUGAAGAUACCAACUCCACUGUGGAUGAAGAGUUUGAAGACGAUUAUAUAGCGGAAGAAGAAAUCAAAGCGAUACUAGAUAGAGCUCGAAUUGAAGAAGGUGUGGAGGAGGAGGAGGAAGAGGUCGUGGGUGAUGAUUUGACAGAAGAAGAAAAGGAAGCUAUUAUGAAGGAGGAGCAGCUUGAAGCUAAAAAGGAAAAGGACAUGGAGGAUUUUCAGGCCCGCCCAAAAACCAUCCAGAGACCCAUCAUUCUGCCGGGUGGAAGAAAAUGGUCUAACCCAGAAGAUGCCAUACCUAGCUUCAGGAAGCCGAAAAUGUCGGAAGAGAAAAUAAUUGAAACCAUUGAGAGUAAUCUAGAACCUAUAGUGGGAAAAAGAAAAGGAAUAAAUUUUCUGAAGUAUCAACCACCGCCGAAAAAUUUAGACUACCUCCAGAGAUCCGAAGUUUAUAGACUAGUGCACGACAUGGAACCCCCAGUCAGAGGAAUAGUUUCAAGACCGGAGAAGAUCCUUCCUGAACAGGAUUAUUACGAGGCUACCAAAGGGGCACCUUAGCGUUCAGAAUGAAGAAACCUUCAUGAAGACAUACUAAAUGUAACGUAUAUACGAAGUUCAGUUGUUAUUAAAACUGGUAGAUGAAAG